CGUGGCCUGUGGCAGUUCGGCUGUCAGGGCGGACGGAGCAAGCGUUGGCCCCGGACAUGACGCCUGAGGAUCAGGAGACCCAGCCGCUCCUGGGGCGGCCCGGCGGCAGCGCUCCCCGCGGCCGCCGCGUCUUCCUCGCCGCCUUCGCCGCCGCCCUGGGCCCGCUCAGCUUCGGCUUCGCGCUCGGCUACAGCUCCCCGGCCAUCCCGAGCCUGCAGCGCGCCGCGCCCCCGGCGCCGCGCCUCGACGCCGCCGCCGCCUCCUGGUUCGGGGCCAUCGUGACCCUGGGCGCCGCGGCGGGGGGCGUGCUGGGCGGCUGGCUCGUGGACCGCGCCGGGCGCAAGCUGAGCCUCCUGCUCUGCACCGUGCCCUUCGUGGUCGGCUUUGCCAUCAUCACCGCGGCCCAGGACGUGUGGAUGCUGCUCGGGGGCCGCCUCCUCACCGGCGUGGCCUGCGGCAUUGCCUCGUUGGUGGCUCCGGUCUAUAUCUCCGAAAUUGCCUACCCUGCAGUGCGGGGGCUGCUGGGCUCCUGUGUGCAGCUGAUGGUCGUCACAGGCAUCCUCCUGGCCUACCUUGCAGGCUGGGUCCUGGAGUGGCGCUGGCUGGCCGUGCUGGGCUGCGUGCCCCCCUCCUUCAUGCUGCUGCUCAUGUGCUGCAUGCCCGAGACCCCACGCUUCCUGCUGACUCAGCACAAGCGCCAGGAAGCCACGGCCGCCCUGCAGUUCCUGUGGGGCUCUGAGCAGGGCUGGGAAGAGCCUCCUGUCGGGGCUGAGCACCAGGGCUUCCACCUGGCCCAGCUGAGGCGUCCUGGCAUCUACAAGCCCUUCAUCAUUGGUGUUUUGCUGAUGGCCUUCCAGCAGCUGUCAGGCAUCAACGCUGUCAUGUUCUAUGCGGAGACCAUCUUUGAGGAGGCCAAGUUCAAGGACAGCAGCCUGGCCUCAGUCGUCGUGGGUGUCAUCCAGGUGCUGUUCACGGCCGUGGCAGCCCUCAUCAUGGACAGAGCUGGGCGGAGGCUGCUCCUGGCCUUGUCAGGUGUGGUCAUGGUGUUCAGCACCAGUGCCUUUGGUGCCUACUUCAAGCUGACCCAGGGUGCCCCCAGCAACUCCUCGCACAUGGACCUCCUGGCACCCAUCUCCAUGGAGCCUGUGGAGGCCAGUGUGGGGCUGGCCUGGCUAGCAGUGGGCAGCGUGUGCCUCUUCAUCGCUGGCUUUGCUGUGGGCUGGGGGCCCAUCCCCUGGCUCCUCAUGUCUGAGAUCUUCCCUCUGCACGUCAAGGGCGUGGCCACCGGUGUCUGUGUCCUUACCAACUGGCUUAUGGCCUUUCUGGUGACAAAAGAGUUCAGCAGCCUCAUGGAGGUGCUCAGGCCCUACGGUGCCUUCUGGCUUGCCUCUGCCUUCUGCAUCCUCAGUGUCCUUUUCACUUUGUUCUGUGUCCCUGAAACCAAAGGAAAGACUUUAGAACAAAUCACAGCCCAUUUUGAGGGGUGAUGGCAGCCCCUUCCCAUGAGUGGCUGCCCCUCCUAGCUGGGCCGGCUUUGGGCUUCAGAGGGGAUGGAGCCCGCCUGUGACUCUGAGCUGUGCCUCAACUGGAGCCUGGAACCCCUGCCUGCCCCCAGACUCCCAGGGAGCCGGGAUCCAGAACCAUAGCCCCUUGGAGCCUUGUCCUCCAGGGUCCCUCCUUCCUGCCCAGCUCUCUACAGCCCAGUGAACCACGAGUGUGAGGUUGCCAGCCCCUGGAUCCAGUUCCAGCUGCUUCUCUGCGACUCAGGAGGAGGGAACAUCUCGGAGGGGCUUCACUGCCCUGUGGUCCGUCCUCCGUGAGCCAUCUCUGUCAUGACACGAAAGCGACAGCGGAAGGAGACCCUUGGCUCCUUGUUUUCUGGAGGAGAUGCUUUUGGAGGCUGGUUGAUGGCCCAUGGUUUCUCCUCUCAUGUGGCUGCAUUAUCAGGAAGGACUUUGUUUGCCAAAUAAAAAUUUGACUCAGAAAAUCAGGCCAUGGCCUCUUUGCGUGAGCCACAGUCUGAGAAGGGCAUUUUCCUAUCCCUUGCAUAAACCGGGCCUCCCACAGACUGGGCCUGGCCAAGAACCUCUACGGACUUACUUUCUCAUGGUCAGCCAGGCUUACCUUUGGCACUUGGAGAUCAUUUCUGGCUCCUUCCUUGGGAUCAGUCCCCUGGAUCACUAGUCAUCAAAUCCUGUUGAGUUUUCAGGGGGGAAAAAAAAAUCUCUCUUUUUCUAUUGACUUUAAUGGAGCCAGAAGUCUUUUACAAAUUACUUUUAUUAUUCAUUAUAUAAUUAAUACGUUUAUUGUAGAAAAUUGAAAAACAGGCUUAUUUAUUUUUAUAGCAGUUAGCGAUCUGCUAGGCACUGUCCUAAGCACUUUAUAACCAUUAACUUAUUUAUUUGGAUAAAUAAUAAUUAUUCUCAGCUGUACGUUUCCAGAGGUAACCUCUGUUAAGAAUUGGGCUCUGUCUUGAAAGAGCUCUCUCCCAACACACACACAUCACUACACAGGAGUGGGACACCAUACUUCCCAUUCCAUCACCUGCUUUAUUCAUUUCCCAGGCUGUGCGGCCCGAGCACAUGCCCACUUGGGCAUCUUCUAUUAAAGCCUUGUAAUGAGACCAGAGAGCGGGGGAGUGGAAGUACAGUGUGGUCCAGGGCAGGAUGGUGGGGAGAGCAAGACCCCAGGUUUGGUUUCUGGAAGAUCCUGCAGUAGCUGCUCUGAUUUUGGUAAAAUGUGCUAAGUAACACAUAGGACAGCUUUCAACUUGAGCAAAAUCCAAAUUCCUUGGGGCCUUCCAGAACUGAGGUCACGUCCACAUGCGGGCACAUCUUCCGUGUCGAAUACUGCAUACCUACAUUCUCAUUCUUAGUGCCUGCAGAGUGGUCCAUCGAUUGGGUUGAGAACCGCAUUCUACUGUUGCGGGGUGGAGUGUCGGUGAGUGUCAGUGAGGUCAAGUUUUUUCAUGGAGUGAUUCAUGGUUUUUACAUCCCUAUUGAUUUUCUGUCCAUUUGUUCUAUCAAUUAUUGAGAGAGAGGUGUUGAAAUCUCCACCUACAAGUGUGGAUCCAUCUCUCCUUGCUGUUCUGUCAGGUUUUGCUUUAUGCACCUUGAAGCUCUGUUAUUAGGUGUGUGUAUAUUUAGGACUGUUACAUUCUCCUGAUAGUUUUGUCCUUUAUCAUUAUGAAAUGACCUUCUUUAUCCCUGGUAAUAGUCCUUGUUCUGAGGUCUACUUUGUCUGAUACUAAUAUAACCACUCCAGCUUUCUUUUGAUUAGUGUUUUGACAAUCAUUUAAAAUUCUAUCUUAUUCACUGUUCUUUUUAAUAGCAACCUAUACUUUUCCUUUCGAUGGAAUGCCUUUUUGGGUUUCUCUGAGGAUACAGAUUUUCACUUUAAAACAUGAGCUUUAUGAAGGCAUUAUUUACAUACCAUAAAAUUCAACAAUUGUAGGCAUAAAAUUUGAUGACUUAGGUCAAAUGUACACAGCUGGGUGCCCACCACCACAAUCAAGAUAUAUGACAUUUUCAUCACCCCAACUGAAAUGUUCCCUCAUGUCCCUUUGCAGUCAGUCUCCUCCCUCCAGCUAUGGCCCUGGCAACCACAGGUGUGUUCUGUCCCUGUAGUUUUGCCUCUUCUAGAGUUUCAUAAAAAUGGAAUCAUAGUUUGUAGAUCUUUGUGUCUGGCUUCUUAGCACGGUGCUUUUUAGAUUAAUCCAUGUUGUUGCAUGCAUCAGUAGUUCGUUUCUUUUUACUCUUGAGUAGUACUCCAUUGGACAUUGGCUAGUUCGAAUUUUUGGCUGCUAUGAAUAAGGCUGCUAUAAACAUUUGCAUACAAGUCUUUGUGUAGAGUGGAAUGGCUGGGUCAUAUGGUAAAUUUAUGUUUAAGUAUUUUAAGAAGUUGCCAAACUGUUUUCCAAAGUGGUUGUACAAUUUUGCACCCCCACCAGCAGUGUAUGAGAGUUCCCGUUGCUCCACAUCCUCAACAACACUUAGUAUUCACUAUUAUGAAUAAAACUAUACAUUUUAACUUUUUGAAA